AUGGGUUUUCCAUCUCUGCUCUGUUUCACCAUUCUUAUCUUCCUCUACUCUGUUUCUACAGCACACUCUACCAACUCUGAAGGUAAUGCUUUACAUGCUCUGAGGAUCAGACUUUCGGACCCUAACAAUGUCCUUCAAAGCUGGGAUCCGACACUCGUGAAUCCUUGUACCUGGUUUCAUGUCACUUGUGAUGCUGAUAGCCAUGUUGUUCGCUUGGACUUGGGAAAUUCAAACAUUUCUGGGACUUUAGGUCCGGAGCUUGGUGAACUGAAGCAUCUUCAGUAUUUAGAACUUUACAGAAAUGAAUUCAGAGGAAAAAUCCCAGAGGAAUUGGGCAAAUUGGAUAAGCUCGUGAGCAUGGAUUUGUAUGGAAACAAACUCGAAGGGAAAAUUCCGAAAUCAUUCGCCAACUUGAAGUCACUUAGAUUUCUACGGAUAAAUAACAACAAAUUAACCGGGUCGAUUCCUAGGGAGCUCACGACUCUAUCCAACCUCAAGAUUUUUGAUGUCUCAAACAACAAUCUAUGUGGAACAAUACCAGUCGAUGGCCCUUUUGUUAAUUUCCCAAUGGAGAGUUACCUGAACAACAGACUCAAUGGGCCUGAGUUGAAAGGAUUGGUGCCCUAUGACUUUGGAUGCUAA